GGAGCCCCUGCCCGGGCUCGACUCCCCGCCACCGCACCUCCUCGCCUCCUCGCCGCGCGAUGGUCUCGCUCCGGGCCGAGCGCGCCCCCGGCAGCCCGCGGCUCCCCGCGACCCGCGCCCGGCGGCCAGCGGCGCUCCGCCUCCUCCUCCUGCUGGGCGCUGUUCUGAAGCCCCAAGAAUCUCUGGCGCAGACUCUUCACACCCCAGGCAGCUUGGAGUCAAAAGGGAGGGAGACAACAGCAGAGGUGGACUAUGCGACAAGUAUCCAAGUUUGCUGGAUGUAUUAUAAAAUUCAUAUGGACUCUAUCAAAAAGGAUUGGUGUGACUGGGCCGUGAUUAGCAGGCCUUAUAGUGACCUUCGAGAUUGCUUGGAGCAGAAUGCGGAGGAGUUUGGUCUGGGCUUCCCCAAUCCCUGGGCAGAGAGGAUCAUCUUUGAGACACACCAGAUCCACUUUGCCAACUGCUCUGUGGUGCAGCCCACCUUCUCUGACCCGCCAGAGGAUGUGCUCCUGGCCAUGAUCAUAGCCCCCAUCUGCCUCAUCCCCUUCCUCAUCACUCUCGUGGUAUGGAGGAGUAAAGACAGUGAGGCCCAGGCCUAAUAGGGCACAAGCUUCUCAAGACCCAUCUUACUUCUCUUCCCUGCCCUCCCCAUUCCCUUUCUCGCUCCCACCCCUACCGCCACCGCCACUGCAGAAUCUGGUGGAAAUGGAAACCAGGUGGGGUCAUGGCACAAGUUCUGUAAUCUCCAAAAUAAAGCUUUUUUUUAGUACAA